GAGUGAUGAGACCUGGGCGAAGCGCGAGAGGAAAAAGGGCGCCGGCGCUGAGGGAGCGCGAGCCCUCUGAAGACGGCGGCGAGAGGGGCGGCUGGCUUGCUGGCUCUGCGCCUGCGUACUCGCGUCUUUGGGAGCCGCCGGCCUCCCCUUCCCCAGCUUCCUCUCUCUGUCCUUGCGCGCCUCGCUGAGGGGCCAAGCCGCGGCGCUCCGUCUCCCCUUUUGAGGAGAGAGCCCCCCGCUUCCUGGGGCGCCCUCUUGGGCCUCUCUCCCGCCAGCCAUGGCUCAAAUCCUCCCCAUACGGUUUCAGGAGCACUUUCAGCUCCAAAAUCUUGGAAUUAAUCCAGCAAACAUUGGGUUCAGUACCUUAACGAUGGAGUCUGACAAAUUCAUAUGUAUCAGAGAGAAAGUGGGUGAGCAAGCACAAGUUGUGAUCAUAGACAUGAGUGACCCGACAACUCCUAUCAGGCGCCCAAUCUCUGCCGAAAGUGCCAUCAUGAACCCUGCUUCGAAAGUGAUUGCUCUGAAAGCCGGGAAAACUCUCCAGAUUUUUAACAUUGAGAUGAAAAGUAAAAUGAAAGCACACACAAUGGCUGAGGAGGUGAUCUUUUGGAAAUGGAUAUCUGUGAACACAGUGGCAUUAGUGACAGAGACGGCUGUGUAUCACUGGAGCAUGGAAGGGGACUCCCUGCCCCAAAAGAUGUUCGACAGACACGCCAGCCUUGCAGGCUGCCAAAUAAUCAACUAUAGAACGGAUGAGAAUCAAAAGUGGCUGCUCCUCAUAGGAAUCUCCGCCCAGCAAAACCGUGUGGUUGGCGCUAUGCAGCUGUAUUCAGUUGAUCGAAAAGUCUCACAGCCUAUUGAAGGACAUGCAGCAGCCUUUGCGGAGUUCAAGAUAGAAGGAAAUGGCAAGCCUUCCACCCUUUUCUGUUUUGCAGUGCGCAGCCCCGCAGGUGGCAAGCUGCAUAUCAUCGAAGUGGGCCAGCCAGCCUCUGGAAACCAGCCCUUUGUCAAGAAAGCAGUCGAUGUGUUCUUUCCACCCGAGGCUCAAACUGAUUUCCCAGUAGCAAUGCAGAUUGGAACAAAACAUGGUGUUAUCUAUCUGAUCACGAAGUAUGGAUACAUUCAUAUGUAUGACUUGGAAUCCGGUGUCUGCAUCUACAUGAACCGUAUUAGUGCGGACACCAUCUUUGUCACGGCUCCUCACGAACCUACCUCUGGUAUAAUUGGAGUAAACAAAAAAGGGCAGGUACUCUCUGUUUGUGUGGAAGAAGAUAACAUUGUCAACUACGCCACCAAUGUGCUCCAGAACCCAGACUUGGGGUUGCGUAUGGCAAUCCGGAGUAACUUGGCUGGAGCGGAGGAACUCUUUGCGAGGAAGUUUAAUACUCUUUUUGCACAAGGAAACUACGCAGAAGCAGCCAAAGUUGCCGCAUCUGCCCCAAAGGGAAUCCUGCGGACCAGCGAUACCAUCCGGAAGUUCCAGAGUGUGCCCGCACAACCAGGGCAGGCCUCGCCUUUGCUGCAGUAUUUUGGGAUCCUCCUCGAUCAAGGACAGCUCAACAAGUUUGAGUCGCUGGAACUCUGCCGUCCCGUCCUUCAACAAGGCCGCAAACAGCUGCUAGAAAAAUGGCUUAAAGAAGAUAAGCUGGAAUGCUCUGAGGAACUGGGAGACCUAGUCAAGUCUGCGGACCCAACUCUUGCCCUCAGCGUUUAUCUCCGUGCGAAUGUCCCAAACAAAGUAAUUCAGUGUUUUGCAGAAACUGGUCAGUUCCAGAAAAUUGUCCUUUAUGCCAAAAAGGUUGGCUAUACGCCAGACUGGAUUUUCCUGUUGAGAAGUGUCAUGAGAGUCAGCCCAGAUCAGGGCCUCCAGUUUGCCCAGAUGUUGGUACAAGAUGAAGAACCCCUGGCCAACAUCAACCAGAUCGUUGAUGUCUUCAUGGAGAAUAGUUUAAUUCAGCAGUGUACUUCUUUCUUGUUGGAUGCCUUGAAAAAUAAUCGACCUGCGGAAGGACACCUUCAGACUCGUCUCCUUGAGAUGAACCUCAUUCAUGCUCCACAAGUUGCAGAUGCCAUCUUAGGAAAUCAAAUGUUCACCCACUAUGACCGGGCUCACAUUGCCCAGCUUUGUGAAAAAGCAGGCCUGUUACAGCGUGCUUUGGAGCACUACACUGACCUUUAUGACAUCAAGCGGGCUGUUGUUCAUACUCAUCUUUUGAACCCAGAGUGGCUUGUGAACUUCUUUGGCUCUCUGUCCGUUGAAGACUCUGUGGAGUGCCUGCGUGCCAUGCUGUCUGCCAACAUCCGGCAAAAUCUGCAACUCUGCGUGCAGGUCGCUUCAAAGUACCAUGAACAGUUGGGCACACAAUCUCUUGUGGAGCUUUUUGAAUCCUUUAAAAGUUAUGAAGGUCUGUUUUAUUUCUUGGGCUCUAUUGUGAACUUCAGCCAGGACCCAGAUGUCCACUUCAAAUAUAUCCAGGCCGCUUGCAAAACAGGCCAAAUCAAGGAAGUUGAAAGAAUCUGCCGAGAAAGCAACUGCUACAAUCCAGAACGGGUGAAAAACUUCCUAAAGGAAGCCAAGCUUACUGACCAGCUUCCCCUCAUCAUUGUUUGUGACAGAUUUGACUUUGUUCACGACCUGGUUCUCUACUUGUACCGGAACAACCUACAGAAAUACAUUGAGAUCUAUGUUCAAAAGGUCAACCCAAGCCGUAUCCCAGCCGUGGUUGGAGGGCUGCUUGAUGUGGAUUGCUCUGAAGAUGUCAUUAAGAACUUGAUCAUGGUGGUGAGAGGCCAAUUCUCCACCGAUGAACUGGUUGCUGAAGUUGAAAAAAGAAACCGGUUGAAGCUGCUUCUGCCGUGGCUUGAGUCCCGGAUCCAUGAAGGCUGUGAAGAACCGGCAACCCACAAUGCCCUGGCGAAGAUCUAUAUCGACAGCAAUAACAACCCGGAGCGCUUCUUGAGGGAGAACCCCUUCUACGACAGCCGGGUUGUAGGGAAAUAUUGUGAAAAGAGGGACCCACACUUGGCCUGUGUAGCUUAUGAAAGGGGCCAAUGUGACCUUGAGCUGAUCAAGGUCUGCAACGAGAACUCCUUGUUCAAGAGUGAAGCCCGGUAUCUGGUUCGCAGAAAAGAUCCAGAACUGUGGGUCAGUGUUCUGGAGGAAAACAAUCCAUUCAGAAGACCACUCAUCGAUCAGGUUGUCCAGACGGCAUUAUCAGAGACUCAGGACCCAGAGGAGGUUUCGGUGACAGUCAAGGCCUUCAUGACAGCCGACCUGCCCAAUGAACUCAUUGAAUUGCUUGAAAAGAUUGUUCUGGAUAACUCAGUCUUCAGUGAACAUAGGAACCUCCAGAAUCUACUGAUUUUGACUGCCAUCAAAGCAGACCGCACACGUGUGAUGGAGUACAUCAACCGCCUGGAUAACUACGAUGCCCCAGAUAUUGCCAAUAUUGCUAUAAGCAAUGAACUCUAUGAAGAAGCGUUUGCCAUUUUUAGGAAGUUUGAUGUGAAUACCUCUGCAAUUCAGGUCUUGAUUGAGCAUAUUGGCAACCUGGACCGCGCCUAUGAGUUUGCAGAGCGAUGUAAUGAACCCGCAGUUUGGAGCCAAUUGGCGAGAGCCCAACUUCAAAAAGACCUGGUGAAGGAAGCCAUUGACUCAUACAUAAAGGCGGAUGAUCCUUCUGCUUAUAUGGAGGUUGUUCAGGCUGCCAACAAGAAUGAUAACUGGGAGGACCUGGUUAAGUUCUUGCAGAUGGCUAGGAAAAAAGCCCGAGAGUCUUACGUCGAGACCGAACUGAUUUUUGCCUUGGCCAAAACUAACCGGCUCUCAGAGUUAGAGGAAUUUGUCAGUGGCCCAAACAACGCUCACAUACAACAGGUGGGAGAUCGCUGCUAUGAGGAGGGGAUGUAUGAUGCAGCUAAGCUGUUGUACAACAAUGUCUCUAACUUUGCCCGCCUGGCAUCUACGCUAGUUCAUCUGGGAGAGUACCAGGCCGCAGUGGAUAGCGCCCGCAAAGCCAAUAGCACCAGGACAUGGAAAGAGGUCUGCUUUGCCUGUGUGGAUGGAAAGGAGUUCCGGCUUGCGCAGAUCUGUGGAUUACACAUAGUGAUCCAUGCUGAUGAGCUUGAAGAACUGAUCAGCUAUUAUCAGGACCGUGGAUACUUUGAAGAGCUGAUUGCCCUAUUAGAAGCGGCCCUGGGCCUGGAGCGGGCUCAUAUGGGCAUGUUCACUGAGCUGGCCAUCUUGUAUUCGAAAUACAAACCUCAGAAGAUGAGGGAGCACCUGGAACUGUUCUGGUCCCGAGUCAAUAUCCCAAAGGUGCUUCGAGCUGCAGAGCAAGCCCAUCUAUGGGGAGAGCUGGUGUUCCUCUAUGACAAAUAUGAAGAGUAUGACAACGCUAUCAUUACAAUGAUGAACCAUCCCACUGAUGCUUGGAAAGAAGGGCAGUUCAAGGACAUCAUUGCCAAGGUAGCCAAUGUGGAGCUGUAUUACAAAGCCCUGCAGUACUACUUGGAUUAUAAGCCUUUGUUGAUCAACGACCUCCUCUUGGUGUUGUCUCCGCGACUGGAUCACACCAGGACGGUCAGCUUUUUCGCCAAGGUGAAUCAGUUGCCUCUUGUGAAACCUUACUUGCGCUCAGUCCAGAAUCAUAAUAAUAAAGGAGUCAAUGAGGCUCUCAACAACCUUUUGACAGAAGAGGAGGACUACCAGGGCUUGCGCGCAUCUAUUGAUGCCUACGACAAUUUUGACAACAUUACACUUGCCCAGCGCUUGGAGAAACACGAGUUGAUCGAAUUCAGACGUAUUGCUGCUUACCUGUACAAAGGCAACAACAGAUGGAAACAAAGUGUGGAGCUCUGCAAGAAAGAUCGCCUUUAUAAGGAUGCCAUGCAGUAUGCAGCAGAAUCUAAGGAUGCUGAACUGGCGGAGAAGCUGCUCCAGUGGUUUCUGGAAGAAGACAAGAAGGAGUGUUUUGCAGCUUCUCUAUUUACAUGCUACGACUUAUUGCAUCCAGAUGUGGUCCUUGAACUGGCCUGGAGACACAACAUUAUGGACUUUGCAAUGCCUUAUUUCAUCCAGGUGAUGAGGGAAUACCUUACCAAAGUCGAUGGUCUGUUUCAUAAGGUGGAUAAACUUGAUGCUUCUGAAAGCCUAAGGAAAGAAGAACAAGAGGUCACGGAACCCACUCCAAUAGUAUUUGGCCAGCAGCUGAUGCUCACGGCAGGCCCCACCGCAGUACCUCCGCAAGCCAACUUCUCCUAUGGGUACCCGGCGCCAGGAUUCACCCACCCGCCAGUUUACGGUUUCAAUAUGUAGCUUAUGCUGUGGCCGACCCCCGUUUUACCCAGUCGCCUUCUCUCCUAGCUUCCUUUUCCUUCUUAUUUUCUUCUUCCGUUUGUCCGAGGAGACGACUUCCAGCAACCGGCUCGUUUUUGCAAAUCCCAUUCAGCUCAGCGCCAUCCCAAGGGCACUGUGUUAUUUAUUGCUAUGUCCUGUUACAUUUCACCUCCAAACGAGGCAGCUUCCCAAGCUCCGUUCCCCUCGGCUCACCCUUUUUGUUCCUGACAUUUCAAGGAGGGUAAAGGCGGCACCUCUCUGAAACUGACAGCGUCACAGGUAAAGCUCCUUGAGGACAGGUGGAACGGAGGGAUCAGACACCCUGGUACUUCCGGCCAUUCGCAGAACCCUCCCCCCCUUUUCCUCACUCUUUCCACCCUCCCUCCAUUUAUUUGUAGAGCCGCGCAGUAAGGCAACACAAAACUGUGGGGGGGGGGGGGGCUGCAAUUUACAGAAUGUUGCAAAAAAUAUAUUAUUAUCUAUGCCUUCUGAAGUAGUGCUUGAAACUAUUGGAGAAUAAAUGGGAUCGUAUCUCA